UUUGUCUCUACGUCAGACACCUAUGAUCAGUGCAACGCCUUCCUUCACGUACAACGCCUAGCUAUGACGUGAGUUGACUGUGACGCGAGUUUGUCCAUGUGUACGUUUUCAUGCUGUUGCCAUGAAGUUCACACAUGAAUCGAGUCACGCCAUAAAAAACGACACGUUUCCUUGAAGAAUGCCUGAAAAAUAAUGUCUGAGUCUGGCUCAGUUAUCAGUGAACCGGAACAAUUUGACUACAUGGGCAAAGACUUGGAUGAAAGAAGAGUAGAUCCUUGCGACGAAAAUCUGCUGGAAUUAAAAGACGCUAAUGAGAAGUGGGAAGAUAUCGCAAUCUCCGAGCCUUCCGGAGUAGACAACGAAGAUAGUGUUCAUACGAUUUCGCUGAAGAGAUCGCCUGAAGAUCCGUGUUUGGCUCAGAAGAUCACACCAGUUGUACAGAAGCGUUUAACGCCAACGUCAUUCGUGGAGCGAGUUCAAAAUAUGAGUCUCCAUAAGCCGCCACAACGGAAAACAGACGACCUUCCACCAUUGGCCAUUCCAGGAGUACGCGUCAUAGAACCGGAAAGUGAUAGACCCGCUGGACAUCCUGCUUCGUUAAGGGAACGACUUAAAAAUGCCAGUCACCAGGUAAAACUUGGGAGGUUGAAACAGGCUGGACAAUCCUCAGAACGACCGAAAACAUACCUGGAGGUUCCGCCUACACAAGAACACUUCCUCGAGGGAUCCUCUCAUCCGAGUCUGACUAAACGAUGUCACCCAGAGGACGAUAUUGGCCUAAAUGACGAAGAUAUCCCAGCUUUUGGUCGAAAAGACGCGGUUCCUGAGCGGAACGAGGGAUAUGUGCGGCGGGCCCUGCGGGCAGUGGUUGGCGCUGUUCGGUGCCUAGUGGCCUGCACCUCAGAUUGUGUCUGGCGGUGUUUCGGCGGCGAUCCAGGGCCUGACGAGCCGAUUGGUUUCUUGAGCAACAACGAACCGAAGCUGGAGUUCAGUGGUUUGCUGGAAGAAGAGGAAAAGCAGGAUAGUCGACCAGAUGAAACACCCGAGAGCAGUGACACACCGUGUGCUUGUGAGACCACAAUGUAAAAACCUCCAUCACAGAACCUACCGGACAGUAUCAUUAACACUUCAUCGCUAAUUACGGAAUUGACAUUAAUUCGUGUACCGCAUACUUAACAUGAUAUUAACAUGAAUAGGGAAAAUUGCACAAUUCUGAUUUUCAUGCAUAUGUAUGUUUUUUUUUAUUAAAAUGUUUAUCAC